AUGCUAAAAAACAUUAUUACACCUGGGCAAAAACGCAAUCCAAAACAAGUUUGGAAAACUAUAAACAAUUUACUAGGUAAGCAAAACAAACAAACAGUUGUUAACGAAUUAGAUAUAGAAGGAGAGAUUUUAACAAAUCCUCGAGACAUUGCAGAGGGUUUCGAUGACUAUUUUUCAAAUAUCGGUCCAAAUUUAGCCAGCAAAACUGGUACAUCAAAUUAUGAUUUUGAAAAAUACAUUAAGAAAACUAAAUCAGAGUUUGCUGCAUUUCAACCUACUACCAUUAGUAAUGUCUGCCAUCUUCUAAGUGGGCUUUCUAGCAAUAAAGCAACUGGCAUUGAUAAAAUUUCAAGUAAAAUUAUAAAGACAGCUGCACCUGUCAUUUCAGAUUCACUAACUUAUAUUUUUAAUCAAGUCGUUACUCAGUCCUGUUUUCCAGAUGAAUGGAAAAUGGCUAGAGUUACACCUAUCUUUAAAAAUGGUCAACGUAAUCUACCAGAAAACUACAGACCAAUUUCAGUUCUACCUGUCAUUUGUAAAAUUAUGGAAAGAAUUUUAUAUGAUCAACUCUAUAAUUACUUAACAAAAUUUGGAAUUCUUAGUGACUGUCAAUUUGGUUUUGGAAAAUCUCAUUCCACUACUACAGCAUUAUUGGACUGUACCAACGAGUGGUAUGUUAACUUGGACAGGAAACUAUUUAACCUGGUAGUUUUGAUUGAUUUAAAAAAAGAAUUCGACACUGUCGAUCAUCAAAUUCUAAUGAGAAAAUUGGAGCUCUGUGGAAUAAAAGGACAAGCUUUCACUUUACUCAAAUCUUAUCUAACAAAUCGAAACCAAAUAUGCCAGGUUAAAAAUGUUAUUUCAUCAGAUAGAACAAUUAGAUGUGGGGUACCUCAAGGCUCUAUUCUAGGACCACUCUUCUUUUUGUUAUAUAUUAACGAUCUGCCUCAAUGUCUAAACGAAACAAAGCCUCGACUAUUUGCUGAUGAUACAAAUUUAACAGCUGCAGGCCAAUCUAUAACUGAACUUGAAAAUGCAGUAAAUUCUGAUUUAGAAGACCUUAGGAAGUGGUUGAUAGCCAAUAAACUUAGCUUGAACGUAGCUAAGACAGAAUUUAUAUUGAUUGGCUCAAAACCAAUGAUUAAAGGUACUACAGAUCUUCAUCUAAACAUCAAAAUUGACAACAAACCCAUUAAACAGAUUCAAGAGUGUAAAAGCCUAGGAGUAAUAAUUGACCAGUAUUUAUCUUGGAAUAGUAACACUGAAAAUAUUUGCAAAAAGUAA